UAUUUAGUGUGAAUUAAAAAUUAUGUAUUGAUAACAAAAUGAAAUUUUAAACGAAUACAGUUGUGAAUUACAUUUCUUGGAUUCAAUGGUGACAUCUUGAAUUUCUUUUCUGAUCCAUACUAGUUCUGGCUUCCAUAACUUUAAUGUUGAUAUUUAUUUUUUUGAUGUUUACAACACAUCCAAAAAGAGAUAUGUUCAAAGCUGCAGGAAAGGCAGAGAUUGUUCGGUCUCACCAGAAGGAUGAGUACUACCUCACAUACCUGCGCAAUCUUACAGCUGAUGUUAUACAUAACACCCUAGGGCCAAGGGUAUGGAUAGCGUGGCGUAAAGAGGUGGAUCUGCUGGCAGACCUAGGUUAUUUCCUCCUCACAUCAUUUUCAGGUUUCCAGACUAUUGGUGAAGAAUAUGUGAAUAUAGUACAAGUGGAUCCAACCAGAAAACGUGUGCCUUCACAAAUGAGAAGAGGGCUCAUGGUUCUUGUCCACGUUCUGACCCCAUAUCUGUUACGAAAGCUUUUCGAUUGGCUGGAAAAAAGGCUGAGGUCACAUGACCAUCAGGAGGUCCCAUUGGAAACAAGGGAAUUUCUGCUACAGUGUAUCCCCGUGGCUCAGAGCGUUGUUCUUUACACACACAGGCUGCACAUGGCGGUCUUCUAUCUGCGGGGUUUGUUUUAUCAUGUGGCCAAAAGGAUUAGUGGGAUUGAAUAUUUGCAGUAUACUGGUGGUGUAUCGAGGCCCCCGGAUGAAAGUGUGACCAUGACUUUCCGGGCUCUGGGCUGGAUCACACUUGCACAGCUUGUAGGCUCCGGCUUGCUAGGGGCAUACAGAUAUGCCCAGGAAAAAGCCAGGAUGGGUUCCAAUCUUGCGGUGGAGAAAACAGAUGGAGAGUCAGUGUCCGGAGUUGUCCCCUCUGACAGGAAGUGUGCUCUCUGUUUGGAGGAGAGAAAGCACAGCUCAGUGACACCAUGUGGCCAUCUGUUCUGCUGGUCCUGUAUACACGACUGGUGUGCAACAAAGGCUGAGUGUCCUCUAUGCCGAGAGAAGUUUGAACAGCACAGAAUAGUCCCCCUUCAGAACUUUGACCCUCCCUGAUGAUUGUCGCUCAAUAGUUAUUAUAUCUGUGAUAGAAUUUGUGUAUAGGACUAAAUAACGCUUAUAGAGACAUUUACUGAAUUAACAUGAUGGUGUGUCCUGUUAAACGUUUUGGUACAACUGUACACUGUAAAUGACUACAGUCAAAACACGUUGGCUCGAUUUCCUGGUUGGCUCGAUUUGGAUGUAAAGGACCAAUUUUGUUUUACCUCUGUAAGCAUUCCAUCUUGGCUCGAUAUUUGCGAGGCUCACAGUAUUUCGGCCGGUCCCUGGGAUAUCAAGCCAACAGGUUUCAACUGUAUAAAAGUACAGGCUGUUUUAAAAUUACUUUUUCAAGGAAAGGCAGCGUUAUUACUGGUAGUAUGUUAUACUUGUUUAUAAUUGUUUGCCAUUGCUCAGAGUGAUAAAGGGAAAAGGUUUUGUUAAGAACUAUUCCAGUAAAACAUAUAACCCAUGGGGGGGAAGGCAAUUAUUUUCUUAAUAUAUGGGUGGGUGUCUCUUUUCACUGAUUUGGACCCCAAAAGGGUAAAUUUGCUUCUGUAGGGGUGGUGGCAUCAUAAUUCAAAAGUGCCUUCCACUUGAGGUUAUAUGUUUAAAUGGAAUAGCCCUAAGUUGGAAUUUAUAUUAUUGUACUAUAUAUUAAUGAUUUCAAAUCUUAGGGAAGAACAUAAAAUUUUAUAAAAAUCUGUUUUUCAAGGAUGGUCAGUGUUAUGAGUACAAUGUAUAUAAUUCUUUUAUCACAUGCUUACCCUUGUUUUCCGUGUAAUAUACCCAUUACGAAUAUUUUUAUCUUACACAUGUGUAAGAUAACAUAUCAGACAUUUCUAUUGGCUAGACUAAUCACACGCGACCUAGAUAUCAUUUGGAACUAUUUAUAUGGCGCAUCGUUGACAUUCCACUCAGUGUACUUUGGCUGUCAAACAAUGGGUUUAGAAAGUGGAACAUGGAACUAAAUUGGUAAUAAAAACACCAUUUUAAGCAUGUGAUAAAAAAGAUCGGACACUCGUUGUCAUUUUAUACAAGAUUUUUAUUAAACUCGUCCAUGAAAGUUGUUAGUAUCGCCAGAGGCUCACUUACUAACAAAUUUCAUGAACUCGUUUAAUAAAAUCUUGCAUUAAAUGACAACUUGUGUCAGAUCCUAUAUAUCUAUAAUGUUUUGCCAUUGCUUUAUAUGAUGAAAUAUUGUAAUAUUAAUUUGGCAUUCCUUUUAUUGCCCUACAUAUUAGUGAUAUCAAUUUCGAAGCAAAUCAAUAUUUCAGCAAUGUUUUGCAAUAACUGGUAUCAACA